CAUGACGUCGGCGGAAGUCGUGUUCUCCGCCAGAGCGGGAAGAUCUUGCCGCUGCUGCACAAGUCAACAAGCGGCUCCUCGUGGACUUUAUCAGAGUUCGUGUCGAGCCCGUAUCACGAGUCCCACUGUGGGAGAUCUGAGUCACAGCUUGUCUUCACAGCGGGUGAUAUACAAGACAUCAGCAGACAUGCAGGCCUUUUUGAAAGGAGCAACUGUUCAAACUACCAGACCCCAGAAAGACAAGACAGCAGCGGGGCCCAGUGCAGAGAAGAAAGCCAAGGCUAUUCCAUGGGUUGAAAAAUACAGGCCUAAGUCUGUUGAUGAGGUUGCCUUUCAGGAUGAGGUGGUGGCAGUGCUGAAGAAGUCUCUGGAAGGAGCUGAUCUUCCCAACUUACUGUUCUAUGGUCCUCCUGGAACAGGAAAGACCUCCACCAUCUUAGCUGCUGCCAGAGAACUGUAUGGUAAUGAGAUAUACAGACAGAGGGUGUUGGAGCUCAACGCCUCCGAUGAGCGAGGCAUCCAGGUUGUCAGAGAGAAGGUUAAGAACUUCGCUCAGCUCACUGUGGCUGGGACUCGCUCUGAUGGAAAGCCAUGUCCUCCUUUUAAAAUAAUUAUCCUGGACGAAGCAGACUCCAUGACAGCACCAGCUCAGGCCGCUCUCAGACGGACCAUGGAGAAGCAAUCGCGCACCACCCGCUUCUGUCUCAUCUGUAAUUACAUCAGCAGGAUUAUUGAACCUUUGACAUCCAGAUGUUCCAAGUUUCGCUUCAAACCUUUAGCCAAUCAGAUACAAGAAGAACGCCUGCUGGCCAUCUGUGACAAGGAGAACCUCAAGUACAGCAAACAGAGUAUAGCAGCAUUGGUGAGGGUGUCAGAGGGAGACCUGCGGAAAGCCAUCACCUUCCUGCAGAGCGCUGCGCGCCUCAGCGUCGACAAAGAGAUCACAGAGAGGGCUGUCACUGAAAUAGCCGGGGUCGUUCCUCCAAAGAUGAUCGACAACUUGCUCCAGAUUUGCUUCAAAGGAACAUUUGAGAAACUAGAGAUUGCCGUCAGGGACAUGGUGGAUGAAGGCUACGCAGCCACACAGAUCCUGAGUCAGCUCCACGAGUCGAUCAUAGAGCAGGACCUGAGCGACAAGCAGAAGUCGGCCAUCACAGAGAAGAUGGCAGUUGUGAGUAAGUGCCUGUCAGAUGGUGCAGAUGAGUACUUGCAGAUGUUGAGUCUCUGUUCAGUCAUCAUGCAGCAGUCCUCCCAGAACAACUAAAGCUCCAGGGACUGCACUGUUUCCUGCUUCCAACAGGACCAACAGCCUCACUGAGACAUGAGCGCUUCACAGACUAAACUCAGCUUGUUCAGUUUGAGACAUCACAUCAGCCAGUGGAGGCCAGAUGAUGGUGUUGGUGUUUACCGUCGCUACGUCCACUCCACUUGCUGUCUCCCUCCACUCUACAGUAAACACUUCAAUAAAUAAGCAACAACUGUAUGAACUUUGCUGUUACUGAUAAACCACCAUUCAGAUGUCUCUUUAUUCCGCUUAAUUCAUGCAGCUGUCCAAAAUAUAUUUGUACACUUUGAAUUUUGUAAAUUAAUAAAUACUUUUCAGUAUC